AUUCCACUUCAUUAACCGUAAUAAUGAUACGGUGCUUCGAUAUGUUUCUCGUUCUUUAGGAAAUGAAUACAGUUGUGUCUUUGCAUUCUGUUUCUAUUCAUGUUUCGUACGAAACGCGUGAAAAAAAGCCGGAAGGUUAAAUCAGCUAAUAACAACGAAGUAGGAAUUCCUGUCAAAUUAAACAGCCACGAUGGAUUAAAUACGAAGGGUGAUGUUGAAAAAAUAGUUUCAUACUUUCCAGAGUUUGCUAAGAAAGAGUUUCCGAAGGGUAUCACAUGUAAUCAUACAACAAAAAAUUUACGAGAACCACUGCUUGCUUGUACUGAUCAAGUCGAUCGAAAUGUUGCUGUUGUUCUUUGGAAUACAAUCUUGCGAUUUAUGGGUGAUAUGGAUGACAUUGCUGAACCUUCCAUGGAGGAAACUAUUAAAGGUGAAAGAGCAAGUAUGCUUUCAUCGAAAAGUUGGAUAUUGGGAUCUGACAGGCUGAGAUUUAUCGUCGGCUUAGGCAUAAAUCGUCCACAUUUAAGAGACGAAGUUUACUGUCAACUUUGUAAACAAGUUACUAAUAAUCCUUCAAAAACCAGUUUGUUAAAGGGCUGGAUUUUGAUAUCGUUGUGUUGUGGAUGUUUUCUACCAUCGAAAAAGGUAGAAAUGAUCCUUAUUGAAACAAUGAGAUGCGGUCCAAGUGACCAUGUUAGAUAUUGUAAUGAGAAAAUGCUGAGAACAAGAGAAAAAGGAGGAAGAAAACAACCUCCAAAUUCUUUAGAAAUACAGGCUUCUCAACAACUUGCACUUCCAGUCGUAUUAGUGGAAUUGAACGAUGGUAAGGAAGUGAGUGUUGAAGUAGAUUCGUCGACAACAGCGAGAGAAUUGUGUUUUAAAGUCUCAGAUGAAACGGGAAACAGUCACAAUGCUGACUACGGAAUUCAAGUUCAUAUAAUGGGCAAGGACAUUAAUAUCGGUAAUGGUGAUGAGAAAGUAAUGGAUGCUAUAUGGGUAUGUGAGCAAAGUGCUAGAGAACUUGGUUAUAAAGAAGACACAAUUCCAUGGAAAAUUUACUAUCGAAAAGAAGUGUAUUGUCCUUCUGACGAAUUUCACAUGGACAUCAGUUGGACAGAUUUUGCAUAUAAAUUCGUAGUUAAUAACAUCAAAACUCGUGUUAGCACAAAGUUAAAAAAGAGGUUCAGUAGUACGGAGAAAAUUAAUGAUGUGAGUACAUAUUUCAAACGGACACCAUCUAAUGAAAGCCUGGUUCGCCAAGGAAGCUUUUCGAGUGUUUCAUCUGUUGGAGCAACCAACAAUUUUGGUGUACGGCGUAGGACCUCGAGAAUCAGUGAUUUACGUAGUGCCAAACUUGCUGAAGAUAAAAAUACAUUUAUUGAAGACAACGAAAUGUCCUUGCAAGAAAUAUGCGAAGACUACGAAGACAGCAUCAAAGAUGUCCAUACUUUAGAAGAUUAUGGAAAAAAGUUCUUCACUCAAACAAACAUUUCAAUGAAUAGCGCCGUAGAAACAUUAUGUAAUUGGUCUCAUCAAACUGAACCAUUAAAAUCUCCACUUCUGGCUCGAUUGGAAAAGAUACAAGAAUUAUCAAAACUCUCACUGAAUAUGUUUUUGGCAAUACUUGAGUAUAUGCAGGAAAGUAGAUCAAGUGACAGAUCUUUAAAGUAUCGCAAGAAAGAAUUGACAGUCGUAAUCUUCAAUUUGGCGCUGAAACAUAACGCUCUUCAAGAUGAACUUUACUGUCAACUUAUGAAACAGCUCACAAACAACAGAAAUGCUGAUAGUCGUCAUCGUGGAUGGGAGCUGAUGUUUCUAACCACUAGUCUAUUUUCUUGCAGUGAAGAUGUUUUAAAAGAAGUGAUGUUGUUUUAUGCUACCUGGAGUAAGCAUGAAAAAAUGGCUAUGAAAUGCUUAACAAUUCUACGUGAAACUGUUCUGACUGGUCCAAGAAUGUGCCCUCCUCACUUUGUCGAAUACACUGCUGCCACGAAACAGCUUGCAAAUGUUUCGCACAAAGUAUAUUUUCCGGAUUCAACAUCUAAGAAUUUUGAUGUUAAUGCUCGUACUAAAGUCAAGAAUCUGGCACAGAGUAUUGUACAAAAACUUGGACUUUUAAAUGGAAUUGGAUAUUCGUUAUUUAUUCAAGUGUUUUCAAAAACUGCACCGCUUCAACCUGAGCAUUUCUUAUUCGAUGCUAUUCAACAGUGGACACAAAUUGUAGAGAAAAACUUAUCUUUGCCAAUGGAAUACGAUAAAGCAAAAGGAAUCCCAUACAAACUGAUCUUUUUAAGAAGAGUGUGGACUCAAGUUAAUCCUGGAGAUGAUCCAAUUGCUGAUGCUGUAUUUAUCUAUCCUCAGGAAGUGUAUAAAUAUCUUCGUGGAUAUUACAAACUUGGAAUUGAUGAAGUUGCCUACCUUGCAGCGUUGAUUUUAAAAUAUAAAUAUAAAAGUGGUUGGAAUUGUCCAGAAAUCACACAAAUGUUAGAAGAAAUUUUGCCCUAUAACAUUAUUGAAGAUCUUUUUCCUGUAAUAUGGAGACACUAUAUUUUGACGAAUUGUGAGAAGAUUCCAUUUGAUUCAGAAAAAGAAAUUAGACUGUUGUUUUUACACAGUCUUCAGAAAAGCGAGCGCUUUGGAGCAGCUUAUUUUAAAGUGUUGCAAAAUCAAUUCAGGGAUUCACCUAAAGUUAUCAUCAUUGGCAUUAACAGUAAAGGAAUUCAUGUCAUCAAUCCUGAAACUAUGAUUACAAUUGAAAUGUUUCCAAUGGAAAAUGUUUUGAGUCAUUACGGUGAAGAGAAAGGCUAUACGUUUCAAUUUCAAAGUACUCUAGAAACAAUUCAACAAAUAAAAUUUCAAACAACGCAGGGAUACGAGAUAGCUAGUAUGGUUGAAGCUUACAUUCCUCAAUAGAGCGUUUGAUAACCAUCAUACAAAAUGUUAACAUGGUACGAUUCAUUGCAAAAUAAUGAACACCAGAGGUUUUGGAAGCUUUUGAAAUUGAUUGGUGUCAAAUGCUCACCAUAUCAUCACCCAGAAGAGUUGUUCUAGACAUUAAACUGCUUCAUGUUAGAGUGAAAGGUCUUUGUGAUGAUUUGAAAAUUUUCUACACUAGUGCCUAUCAUUCAAUAUAUCCUAAAACGUUUAAGCAAGAAGCAAAUUUUAUAUGUGUCCUUCUUAUAAGGGACACCUACACUAAACUAUGGGUGUCCAGAUACCCAGACACACGUGGCUUCCCAAGCCCCUGAUGAACACAAUCUUUUGUAAAACGACUGCAGAAAAAUAUUUGUUUAAUUUCAUACUUUGUAUAAGUUGUUGACUUUGCUCAUUUAUCAAUAUCUUAAUAAUGCACAUCGAAUGGGUAGUUGCCACUGUAAAUUAUUUUCUAAUUGUUAAAUAGAAAAGAGAUAUUUAGCUCUA